GUUUACCCCAUCUAUGUGUCAUUUAUGCACAUACCUUUCCUAAAGUCGCGGACGCCUCGCCGAAGAGCGUCGUGUUUGCAGCCGACCUUCAUAUCUCGCUUCUGGUCUCGAUAGCUUCAAGCUGUCGCAAUUGCUGACCAAGCGUGUGGUGGUACCGGUACCAAGGCAAGGCAAGGACAGAGGUAGGGAGAGAGGUAACUAGCUAGCUAGCAAGAUGCCAUUUGGUGAUCAGCGCCGCGGCACGGCUGCGACGGAUGGGCGAGAACUUUCCGUGUUUUGGGAUUAUCAGAAUUUGCCCUUGCCAUCGUGGGCCAAGCCGGCGGAUGCGGCCAAGGCGAUUGUUCAAGCCGUGUCGAAGCAUGGUCGGAUUGUGGAUCGACGCCUGUACUUUGACAUGGCAGCGGGUGCCGACGGCAACAACAUGUGGAGUGCCUUGGAUUCGAGUGGCUUUGAUUUGGUCAACACUCCCCGGCGCAACCAAAAGGAGACGCUGGACAAGAAGUUGAUUGCCGAUGUCUUGACGUUUGCCUGGGACUCUGCCGUUCGCAGCAACGACGACUGCAAGCCGUGUGUGGUGUUGCUGACCAGUGAUGGAGACUAUGCCUACACGCUGAGCAAACUGCGGGAUCGCGGCGUCAUGUCCGUCGUCAUGUAUGGGAAUGACAGCACGGCGGCGAGUCUUCUCAAGUCUAGUGCGGAUAUUCCGUUGAGUUUUGAGAAGGAUGUCUUGUCGCCCUUUGUCAAUCAGCAACAGAACGGCAGCAACAGCAACAACAACAGUCGCUCUGCCAGUUCAGACGACUUGUUGCAGACCAAUCCGAUCGACAAUGCUAAAAUUCUUUGUGCGGCCGUGGCAAAAGAUCUGGUCAAAGACACAACCCAUGGUACUUGGAUUCUGGGGAGUAAGGUUGCUGUCAGUUUUCGAACCUCCUUUUUGCAGCAAAAAACGGGAAGCGCCACGACCACCGUGGACAAGUUUGUCAUCAAGGAAAUCUACCGGAAAGCGCGAGAAGUGGCCGUCAAGAAUGGGUGGUUGGUACACGGUCGCAGAAGCCUGCAAGGACCUACAUCGGGACAAAUUGUCGCUCCUCCAAGUGAUGGGACAGCAGGGAAUCCACAAUACUGGUCACUGGAGGAUUUUCUAAAAGUCACGCUCAAGGGAAAAGUAUUGGCGGAAAAUUCCGCCAAGACAGCGGCAAACACCAAUGAUUUCAACAACAAUAGCAACAACAACAGCGGCAAUCAAACGAAUUCGGCAAACUUGUUCGUCAAAAAUGUACCGACGAACAGUCGCAUCAAGGAUCUGGUGCAGUACUUGGAACAAGAGUUUUCCGUCGUGAUUGUCAAGGGAUAUACCAAGAAGAUGCACCCAAACGCUCAGUACAUGUUUGCCAGUAUUCAGGUCGAAACGGUACAAAUGGGAGAACACCUGUGUCGAUCGGCGGGGGCAAAUCGAAUCAAAUUGAACAAUCGUACCUUGGAAGUCUGCUUUGAUCGAAACGUCAAGUCAUAUUCGGGACCGUCGGAGCAUUACUAUGAACGAAACGCAAACGCGUCGUCCUCGUCAAGUUCCGUCAACAAGCAACGACUCUCGUCGACUUCGGCAGACAGCAUGGAUGAUGGAGACAAUGACAAAGUUUACAAACUUGGAAUUGACCGUGACGGAAACAAUACCAAAUUGUUUCUCAAGAAUGUUCCGCGUUGCAAUAUCAACGAGCUGGUUCAGUAUUUGGAACAAGAACAUCAGGUCCACAUUAUUCAAGCCAAUGUGCAAAAGGCUCAUCCCAAGAGCUCCUUCCAAUUCGCACAUGUCGUCGUGGGGUCAAAAGACGAAGCCGAGCGUUUGUUGGCAAUUAGCGGAAAACCUCAGUUCAAAAUGUUUGAGCGCAUCAUGAAUGUCAGCUACGAAUUGUCCGAAAAGUCCUACUGCGGCAGCAAGGGUGAUCCCGAUGGGUACUACGAACGUCCUGCUUCGGAAAGAGCUGCUGCUAAUCAAGAUGACGAUAUCACGACACUGUGCAAAAUCAUUCGAGCUCGAAUGGUGCAACAGCACCAACUUGGGACUGAUGGUCUUCCUGAUGGUUGGUUCGAGGGAGGCGGUGUUGCCGAUGCCUUCCACACGCUCAUCGACAAGAAAAAGGGCAAGGGGUGCCAAAUGAGCGAACAAGCCAAGGAACGCUUCAAAAAGGCUCGGGCCGAUGCCGCGAAUCAAAAGCGUAUUGAGGUUGGGCGUCGGCUGAAAGUGGGUCCUCGAACAGGAGACAUCAAUCCCGUUGGAUUCAAAUGUGAUACAUCACGAUACAGCGGUGAAAUCUAUAUUCGAUUGGCCCAAAAUGUGACUGGAACCGAUUCUUCUGGUGGUUCCGCCAGUGCUGCGGAAACCAAGAAUCUGUUCGUACUGGGACUGCCCGUGGGGACCGAUAUUCGAACCUUUGUUACCUUCCUGGAGACUUCCUACAAGUGCGUCGUUCAACGUGCCAUGUUGGUUGCUGCCAAACUGAAUUUGUGCUCUGCUCAUAUCGAGCUGGCGACCAGUCAAGAAGCUGCCAACUUGCUUCAAGUGGCUAUUAGUGGGACAGGAGUCACUUUUGGUGAAGGGCGACUGGCAAUUUCUCCAGAUUUGCGUGUUCCAACGUUUUCUGGCAAUGACCUUACUCGGCUCUACGAGGCUUCGAACGAUCAGCCCGUUCCGGCCACGAUUGUUUCGGUGCCACGAACUGUAGAAACUUGCUCUGUUUCUGGAGACACUCAGAGUCAAGAGAGUACGGAAGAUUCGCAGGUCGAUGUUACUCUUGAAUUCGACGACGAAGCGCUGCUGUGCCGUGUUCUAUAUGAGCAGUGCGUCAAUUCUAAUGGUUUCGAUUCAGAAAACCCUGACUACUCUCAAUGGAAAGCAAUGGGAUCCGCUGGCUCUGAUUUCCAGGGUCUAUUCUUGAAGCGGUUCUCUUCUGACGAAGCAAAGCAGCGUUUCAAGACGACUCGCGAGAAUGGAAUUGCUGAAGGGCUUGUUGAAAUGGGCCGUCGAGAUUUGCGAUCGCCAACGAAAGAAGUUGUGCUGGUUCCUUUCUAUUCCUACGGACAAGGGUCAAGCAAUACCAGUUUGUCACUCGAUUCUUAUCUUCGGCUUACCAUGAAGGGUAUUUGGGAGGCCGAAAAAGUGCCAAUGUUGAAGAAAGCCCAGCAACGACCAUCUGCUUCGAAAAGCAAAAACAAUGCGUUUCUGACAAAUUUGCCCCGGAGUCUGGAAAUUCAGGAGCUCGUGGACUACUUGGAGCACACGUACAAGAUCACUAUAAAAAGAGCUGCAGUCGACCCUGUGCAUCCGAUGGCAAAGACUGCUUCGGCACACGUCGAGUUUCAGACUGACAAGGACCUAGCGACAAUUGCAAGUGUGGACCGCGACCGCCGUUUGGUGUACGCUGGUAAGGCAUUGCGCUUGGUGUCGGAUCGUAAGAUUCCCAAUUGGGCAACCGUAGAUCCUCGUUUUUUCUACGAACGAAAAGAUGUGAAGAACCCGGAGGAAGAGGAGAACAAUGCCCAAAAGAAGUAUGCCGUCAACGACUCAAUCUUCACCGGUACUGACGCAUCGACGGAUCUAAAUACAACGUUCGAUACAUCGAACAUGCUCUUUGGCGACAACCUAUCUUUGUUGUACCCUCAAGAGAUGGAACGGACUUCUGGACUCAGUUUUGAGAUUGACUCGGGCGACCCGAAAGCUGGCGUGUCCAACAUGUUUUUUCCAUCCCACACCUCAUAUAACGAUGCAGGAGGAGGUUUGGGCUUUACAUCAGCUGACACCAAAGAGGCUACGGACGCACUAGGUUUCACUAUUCCCGAGGCAGCUGACUUGCCUCCGUUCGAGGCCACCGAUUUGUCAUUGAACGGGGCUUCAUCUCCUUUCGCGCAGGGGCCUAGCUAUAAGAGUUUGGUCUUUCCGUUGAUCAAAGAUGCGGCAGAAACGCCCCAGGAGGAGCCGGUGUCACGCCCAAGCUUGGUUCCGACGGAGGCGUCGUCUGAGGUGUCCCCAGUGGAAGGUUUGGCUAUGUCGCCGAUGGAGUCGCCGGAGCUGUCUCAAAUUCAAUUUGAAGCCAACGAAGUAUCUCCUUUAGAGGCUCCUGGAUUGCCUGCUAUGGAGAGUUUGGUUGGCCCGUCAAAUGAACCUGAUUCGCUUUGGUCGUAAGAUGUUGCGCUUUCUUUAUUCCCUGAAUAAAGAGGGCAAAGUGUUCCCAGAGUUGGGGGUUGGUAUGUUUUUGUACUGAUCGAAAUGCUGUUGACCAAGGAGACAAAAGUCAAUCGCAGCCAUUUCGACUACGCAGUACUAUUUAUUACCACAACUACACAAUAAUAACUACAUAAGAGUGAGGGGUGACGAUCAUUGUCUUGGACUACAUGUAUACGGUACGGUACGGUACGCUGUACUGGUACCGUUGUCGGUGAGAAUGCCUGUUCCAGCCCAGGUUGGGCCUCUGAUUGCAGCAACGCUUGCGCUACGUGCAAAUCAUUCUCUCCACAUGGCGCUGCCGAGUGGUUCGUCUAAUUCUAAUUAGUUGCUGCAGUGAAAGCACCGAAACUUGCACGCCUUCUUGACUCCAAAGCAAGCUAGACUACUUUGCGAGGAAAACAUUGCUUCUCUUCAGUACCGGUACCACGGUUGGGUUGGUCUCAGGCUACUCAUAGUCACACAAGAGACCUCUGGCCCUCGCCGGCUUCGGUAGACCUGGCUAGAUAUUAUAUGUUCCCUACUUUGACCCCCUUUACCCUGGAAAGUCCCGGAAUCGCUGAAAGGAUCUGUAAAAGUGUUGAAUUUAAACUCAACAGUGUUGACUUUUGUUAAACAGUUGUUCAACACUUAUUUAAACCCUUUUUCAACACUUUUUCAACACUGUUGAAUACCAUUUAACACUG